AUGAAUAAUAAAGCUAUUGCUUAAAUCAGAAAAUUACAAACUGGAGAAAAUAGAUAUUGUUUUGAGUGUUAGACAGGAAGUCCAACUUGGGCAAGUUUACCUUAUGGGAUCUAUCUUUGCUAUAAUUGCUCAGGGUUACAUAGAGCGAUGGGUGUGCAUCUUACAUUUGUAAGAUCAAUUGAAAUGGAUUCCUGGACUGACAAAUAAUUGUCAAUGAUGCAUUUAGGAGGAAAUCAACAGUUAAGACUCUUUUUUUAAUCUCAUGGAAUUUAAAUUGCCGAUUCUAACAAAUGGAAGACGAAUGCUGCUCACUACUAUAGAGAAUAAGUAAUCUUCAAAUUCUCAUUUUAUUAAGAUGAGAGCGUUAGUUAAUGAAACAUAAAUGCCUGAAGAGCCAGAAGAUUGGGCUGCAAUACACGAGGCCCCAAAACCAUAAAUUUCAUAAUAAUAAUCUCAAAUCUAACCAGAUCCUCCUUUGACUCAAGAAUAAUAAAAUGUACCUAAAUUUUCUAAUAAUAUAGUUUUGGGAACAAGCAUCUAAAUCUACUAAAGAGGCUUUUGCAAUUAUUGAUGAGAAAAUCUCUAAGGUGUAAAUCAAGGAAGAGGCAGUUUAAUUAGGAUAGUAAAUCACAGCAAAAACUAAAUAACUUGGAGUAAAUUCUUAUUUAAUUAUUAGGAAAAAUCUACUAAGAUUGCAGAUAAGGCAUAUAAGAGUUUAAAAAGUGGAUUUAAUGAUGCAUUUGGAUUUAUAAAAUCAAAAGCAGAUUAAGUAAUAGGUAAAGAAAAAUAAACUUAGUCAGAAUAGUAAUAAUAAUAAUAAUAAUAAUAAUAAUAAUACGCUAACUAUAUUCUAGAUAAUUAAUAAUAACCUUAAUAGUAUUAGAUGGGUAGCUAAAGUUAAAAACAACCUUAAGAUUAGUUUUCUUUUGAAAAUAACAAUAAUAACAAUUAAAUUCCUUCCACAACAAACCAAAAUUAAUAACAAUAAAUAAAUAUUAUGGAUUAUUCAGACUACUUUAUAGAUAGUCCUUCUUCCAUUGUCACCUAAGAAAAUCCAAAGCAAAUUUAAUAAAUAAAUCAAUAAGAAAAUUUAAUAGAUUUAAUGCAAGACAUAAAAUAACCUCAACAAAUAAGCGAAACACCCAAUUUACUUGAUUUAUGA